UACUGGGCCAGCCGCUGGGCUCUUCUCUGCAGCAGAGCCUUACCUGUUCCUCCGGUCCAGUGCUGUACAGUCUUCUCUCCCGGCACCAGCAUCUUUAGUGUCCGCAGUCUCUGGUCAUCCCCUGUACUGUGUCCGCAGUCUCUGGUCAUCCCCCCUGUACUGUGUCCGCAGUCUCUGGUCAUCCCCUGUACUGUGUCCGCAGUCUCUGGUCAUCCCCUGUACUGUGUCCGCAGUCUCUGGUCGUCUGUACUGUGUCCGCAGUCUCUGAUCAUCUGUACUGUGUCCGCAGUCUCUGUUCAUCUCCUGUACUAUGUCCGCAGUCUCUGGUCAUCUCCUGUACUAUGUCCGCAGUCUCUGGUCAUCUCCUGUACUAUGUCCGCAGUCUCUGGUCAUCUCCUGUACUGUGUCCGCAGUCUCUGGUCAUCUCCUGUACUGUGUCCGCAGUCUCUGGUCAUCUCCUGUACUGUGUCCGCAGUCUCUGGUCAUCUCCUGUACUGUGUCCGCAAUCUCUGGUCAUCUCCUGUACUGUGUCCGCAG